AUGCAGACUAUAGAUAUAGUCUACAUCUCAGCAGAAGCUAUAGUUGGUCUGAUCACAACAGUCGGCAACUGUCUAGUUCUGGCUGUGAUCAUCAAAACGCCACAGCUCCACACAGUUACCAACGUCUUCGUUGGCAACUUAGCUAUUGCCGAUAUCGCUGUCGGAGUUCUGGUUGCUCCCUGCGCAGCUUUGUCCUUUCUAGGACUCCCUCAUAAUUUCUACGCCUGCGUCUUCAUUAACUGCCUCAUUUUGAUGUUCACCAACGUGUCGAUACUGAUGCUCAUGUCGGUGGCCAUUGAACGGUUUAUUGCCAUCAAGGAGCCGUUUGUCUAUCAGCGGAUUCUCACAGUGAGACGGGCCUUCUACGUCAACUUCUUCGUGUGGAUCUUGGGUGCUGCUCUUGGACUCAUGCCCAUGUAUGGGUGGCAUCGUGGAUAUCAAACUGUGACUUACUGUCGAUUUACUGAGAUGAUCAGUUAUGAGUACAUGGUUUAUUUCCAAUUCUUCGGGUUGGUUCUAUUGCCUUUAUUGAUCAUGCUAUGCAUAUACAUUUACAUUCUUCUCAUUGUUCGCAAACAUACGCGACAGACAAACGCUCUUCACAGUCAAUUCCGCCAAAGCAAAGACGCAAAGGACUUCAACAAAGAUGUUAAAGCUGCCAAAGUAUUUGCGUUGGUGAUUUUACUGUUUGGUGUAUUCUGGAUUCCUGUAAAUCUCUUCAACUGCGUUAGCUUGUUCUGUGGUCUAAGAUGCAUUUUUCCCUAUGAGGCCCUUCUGGUAGCGAUUGUGAUGAGUCAUGCAAAUUCCAGCAUUAACCCGUUUCUGUACGCCGCCAGCAACAGUCGAAUCAAGAGGGGACUUAAGGAAUUGUUUCGAAUCAAAUUAAGUCCUCAAGAUCGAGAACAGACAGACUUCUACAAACAUCGAUCAUCGAACGGUUUCUCCCACGCUCGGGACAAUUCAGUGGCUCCAAUGUCCAAUGCGGAUGAGACGUCACAUGAAGACAGAAUGAAAGUGUUCACAGUCUCAAGUAAAACAUUCCCUCCAAGUGGUAACAUCUCAGUGCUACCAACAGAUGACGGUUACAAAACCGUUAAGCCCUCACCUUCUGAGAGCGAUAACCACAAAAGCGGUUUACAGAGUAACUCUAACCACACGUCGACCUCAUCGGUGUCACAACAUUCAAAUCAAGACACGAACCCGUCCGCUCAACGUCCGUUGUCCCAAAGCUCACACCAUUCCAAGGAACAGGGUUUGGACAAUGCUAACAGCACACCACGGGAAAUGAACAAGCCACUGACAAUCCCAUCAGUAAAUGGCGAAUCUAAACAUGAUACGAGGGCCUGA